CCCCCCCCCCCUUUCCUCGUUACCCAAUAUGUCAUUCUACUGUUAUUACAUGUUUUAUAUUGGGACACCUCAUUAAUGUAUAUUAAAUCUGACCCCACCCCUCCCCCACCUCCCCUUCAGUCUGGCACAGGUGUACCGGCUCCUCCCCUUCAGUCUUGCACAGGUGUACCGGCUCCUCCCCUUCAGUCUUGCACAGGUGUACCGGCUCCUCCCCUUCAGUCUUGCACAGGUGUACCGGCUCCUCCCCUUCAGUCUUGCACAGGUGUAGCCGGCUCCUCCCCUCCAGUCUUGCACAGGUGUACCGGCUCCUCCCCUUCAGUCUUGCACAGGUGUACCGGCUCCUCCCCUUCAGUCUUGCACAGGUGUACCGGCUCCUCCCCUUCAGUCUUGCACAGGUGUACCGGCUCCUCCCCUCCGGUCUUGCACAGGUGUAGCGGCUCCUCCCCUUCAGUCUUGCACAGGUGUACCGGCUCCUCCCCUCCAGUCUUGCACAGGUGUACCCGCUCCUCCCCUUCAGUCUUGCACAGGUGUACCGGCUCCUCCCCUUCAGUCUUGCACAGAUGUGUACCGGCUCCUCCCCUUCAGUCUUGCACAGGUGUACCGGCUCCUCCCCUUUCAGUCUUGCACAGGUGUACCGGCUCCUCCCCUUCAGUCUUGCACAGGUUGUACCGGCUCCUCCUCUUCAGUCUUGCACAGGUGUACCGGCUCCUCCCCUUCAGUCUUGCACAGGUGUACCGG